UUGCAAUAUAGUUUGCUGAAAUUGAAAAACAAACAAGAAAAAAUUAACAGUUGGAAAUUAAUCUCUACCAUGUCAUCUACAGAUAAAGAUGUGCAGGUGCAAUGUGAAACACAGGAAACUCCAGAAUCACACCUUCUGCUUGUUAAUAUUCCUGAUGGUUUUGCAAGAGAACAUAUUGGGGCUAAGGUUGAGUAUGAUUUUGGAAGGGUUAGAGUUUAUGGUGAAAAACCACUUGGAAAUAACAAAAGCAGCCGUUUUGAUGAAAGGUAUAAAGUUCCAGCACACUGUGAUAUUAGCAGAGUUAGAGGAAGGUUUGAUGGAAAAACCAUCACCAUCAUAAUGCCAAAGAUUCCAGGCCUAGUCCCUGAAACAACUGAACAAGAACCACCCAAACCUGCAGUGCAAGAAACACAACCAAACCAAGGGAAUGACAAGGAUGAAACUCCUCAACAAUCUGCAAUUGGAGAUGAUAAAGAAAAAGCCACUGCUUCUGAGGUGAAAGAUCAAAAGGGUACUCAAGAAGGAACUUCUUCUGAGCAGGAUCCAAAAUCAACAAUUGAAGGUAAAGAAGAAGGUAAGGAUCAUGAGGCUUCAACUUCAACCUCGGCACCGGAAGCUACAGAAGAGUCUUUGCCUCAAAAGGGUACUCAAGAAGCAACCCCUCAGAAUGCAACAGCUACAAGAGAUGCCAAACUUCAAACAGAAGCAAAAUCUGCUGAUGAAAAUAAGAAAAAGGAGAAGGCUGAGAAGGAAGAGUCUUUGCCUCAAAAGGGUACUCAAGAACCAACCCCUCAGAAUGCAACAGCUACAAGAGAUGCCAAACUUCAAACAGAAGCAAAAUCUGCUGAUGAAAAUAAGAAAAAGGAGAAGGCUGAGAAGGAAGAGUCUUUGCCUCAAAAGGGUACUCAAGAACCAACCCCUCAGAAUGCAACAGCUACAAGAGAUGCCAAACUUCAAACAGAAGCAACAUCUGUUGAUGAAAAUAAGGAAAAGGUUGAAAAAGAAGAAAUUAAGGAUAAUCCUAAUAACAAGACUUCGGAGAAAGGAAAUACACCUGAAGAAAAGGCUGUUGUGGCUGAUUCCUCUCCUACCCCUGAAAAGGAAAGCAAGGAAGAAAGAAAAGAAUCUUCCAUGGUUGAAAGUUCUCUUCCAAAGAGUACAGAGAAAGUAAAAGGAAAGGAAAUUAAUGGUAAAUCUGGUGCUGAUGAAAAUGAAACAAAGAGUGACAAGAAGGCCAUGGUUGAAUCAACAAGGACAAAAAUCAAGGAGAAGGCUUCUUCUGCUUAUCAAGCUCUUACUAGUAUGACAAAUAGGUUCAAUGAAGAGGAUAAACAAAAGCUGAUAUACAUGGGUGCUGCAGUUGUUGUUCUGACACUAAGUGUUUAUGCUUCCUACAAGUUUCGUUCCUCGCGUAGACCAUAGGCAAUGACACCAUACCUGUUUUCUUUCACAUGGUUUCUCAUAGAAGUUUCGUUUCAAUAAUGACAUAUAUUGUAGAACAAGCUUGCUAAACUCUACUCAUGAAUCAUGAUCAAGUUGUAUUUCAGGGAUGUAGUCCCCAUGCUUGAAUCAACGAAAAAAACAGAUCAGGGAAGUUUGGAGAUGUAAAAGCUAUCGGGCAACUCAUAUAUUUGAUCAAUA